AUUUAUUUUUAACAAGGUUUUUACUCUUGUACAAGUCAUCGUCAUAAUGAUGUUAUUAUAAGAUUACCUUUGUAUACACAAAGGUGAAGUAGUAUUCCCACGCACAACCUUGGAGGUCAUGCCUAUUAUUUACUACUAUUAGUAGUUUAGUGGUCAGUGACGUUGGCUGGUUACAACUGAGCCGCACAGAGCAUGCACUGCGUUGAGAAAAAUCAAUCAGAAUCUUCCCGCCUCUGUCGGUUUCCAAGGCAACGAGUAAACAGUGGGGAGACAUUGCAUCGCUCGGGCCACGGAAAGACGUCGCGUUUCGACAAUUUUAUUUUGUGAUUCUGUGAUUGUGUCGUGCUCGUAAAAGGAUUUAUAAUUCUAUGAACUAUGGCGGAAGAAGCUGCUGCCCCGGGAAUAACUACUGAGAAAGUGAUACACACGUAUCCUCUUAUCCGGCAUUCAGACAUGUCGGAAGAAAUGCGAGUAGAAGCAGUGGAGUUGUCUGUGACGGCUUGCGAAAAGUUUUCGCAUAACAAUGAAUUAGCGGCUCGCAUGGUUAAGGAGACCAUGGACAAGAAGUUUGGACCUGCCUUCCACGUCGUGGUCGGCGAGAGCUAUGGCUUCGAAAUCACCUACGAGUGCACCACUAUAUGCUACCUGUACUUUGGAGGGAACCAAGCUAUCUGCAUUUGGAAAUGCUCGUGAAAGCAUCAAACACAAACAACGGAAACAGAUAACUUUUACCAAGUAUUUUUAAUAUUACCCUAAUAGUUGUUUUACAGGUGUUUACCAAAUAAUCAUUAAAAGGAAUAUACGGACGGCUCCAAUGCAUAUUUAUGUAGACAAUGAUAUUAUUGAUCAAUGUAAUUACAGAGUUUUACUUUAGUCACUUUAAAUACGAGCCUCCUUUAGGUACAUAUUUUGAAGAGUUUCCAACUGUAAAUAUAAUAAUAACUAUUGCAAACUAGCUUUAACCCGUGUUUUUUUGAAUGCCAAUUCGUUUGCGUGCAUUGUAAGACUUUUCUUCCGAUAGAAAAACGUUACAUUUCAGUUUCACAGUCGCGUUUAAAGUAAAACAAUGGCGCUGAGGUUUUGCAGCGUUUCAUAUGUAAAACGUCAGUAGUCACGCGACGUUUUUAUUUCAAAAAUGUUUCAAAGUGUACAUUUGCAUAAGUACGGAAAAUAUUUUAACGAACAUUUUGUGACUGUAGCACUUAAACAAUGUACAUGCAAGAUAUUUUUCAUAACAUGCGUCUGUUUGAUUAAUAUUAAAUGCGCUAGAACGUUUUAUUGAAAUAGGUUUAAUAUGUAGGAGUCACGCGUGCACCCUCACUCGUCUACCCCGACCGUCCUGCGUAGUUUAGUAAUUGCUCUUUACACGGUUGAUAUGUUAGGGAAAAUUUGAGGGGUGGACCCUAGCUAGCUCCCUAGGUAGGGAGCCAGACAGAUUCAUAUACCUACCUAUGUAACCUAAUAUCGAUUUUAUGCACAAUAGGUACCUACUUGUGUGAGAGCACUUGUUUGACUGCACGGAUAGCCGAGUGGUUGAGAUCACCACGCCAAACCCAUGCGUCGUGUCGCGGGUUCGAUCCCCGUAAGGACAAACAGUAGCAAGCAUAGAACAACGCGUUCUGAGUGACUUUGUGUGUUUGUGAAACCAUCCGCGAUACAAAAAUUAAAACCCUUAUACUGCUGGAAUAAUUUUUAAAAAUCAAAGUAUCUAAUCAGCAAAUGUUAAGGUUCGUCCGUUCUUUGAGAUAACAUACCUACAGUUUUACCUAUUUCUAUCGUUUUGGUUAAUUUAUAAAAUAAAAAUAUCAUCUGCAGUACCUAAAUAUAUACGUAAAACUUGUGAUUUGUCAACGUAAUUGGUAUUUUUUGCUUUUUACACACCGACCUCGGUUACUACUUACCUACUGUAUCAAGGUAUUCUAAGGCUAACAUAAACAUUUCCCACGACCUGUCCAAAUAAUGCCUACAGUCGAUAUGAAUAGUAUAUAAUUAUAGAGUAUUCAGAUUUCUAUUAUAUUACUAAAUAAAACGUGACUGUGUAACAGAUAGUAUUUUUUUUCGGUGAUCGCCAUAGUCCACCGUUUCCAAUUACGAAGUCAGGGUCAAACAUGGUAUCUACGUAAAACGGAGUCAUUUGUGCCGCUAAUGUAACAAUUUAACGCUAGAAUAAUUGACAUCUACUGACAGCCGUUUGACCACCAGCAGUUUGAACACUGAGCUGGAAAAACACUCGUAUUUUCAAGUUCAUAAGGUUGAAUUUGGUAACUUGUUGUUUUCGUUAACAUGCAGUACUUUGGCUAACGAACAGAGCGUAUUUAAAAAGGCACCAUACUUUUUGCUAAUUUCCACUUGGGCCUUGAAUGUGUAUUUGUCACAGUUGUAACAUAACACAUUAUAUUAUUAUAUUUUGUCUUAAUGAGAACAGCAAUCAGGUAAGCUAUUUAAACAAUAAUUUUGUCAGUUAUACGAUAUUUUUUGCUAUAAUUAUCUACCUUACUGGGUUUUAAACGAAACGCGCAAUUUAAAAUGCUAUGUACAAAAUAAAAUCGAGGCCAUAUUAGCAAUCUGUGUUGAAUAACAGAAUAACGAGCAUAGAACUAUGUAUGUUAUAAUUAUUACGAGCGUGUGAAAAUUUUAUAAUUGAAUAAAGUAUAUUUUAAAUUU